AAUCAUAUAAUAAUUUUUUAUAAAACUUUUCUUUCUGCGUAUAUUCUUCUUCAUCAUCUUCUUCUUCUUUUUUCUUCUGCCAAAUUUCUAAGAAAAAAAGAUCUUCAAUAACAAUCAUUCAGUCCCCAAAACGCAAAACCCCCCUUUUCUCUUCUUCAAUCUUCUCCUGUUCUUGGAGGGGCGGAAACUUCAAUCAAUCAUGAAGCCCUCCACCCCCGCCGCCGUUAACAGGAUUAAUAAUCGCCCUCGCCGCCGUCCUGACCUAACCCUACCGUUACCCCAACGAGAACCCCAAAUAGCUGUCCCACUACCUCUCCCACCCUCCUCCGCCACCACUACCUCCUCUCAACUACUCCCUCCGGCUCAACAACAACAGCAACAACCCAUCAACUUCUCUGAACUCGACCGUAUGAAUAGAAUCGGCAGCGGCAGCGGUGGAACCGUUUACAAAGUUCUCCACCGUCCAACCAACCGCCUCUUUGCUCUCAAAGUAAUCUACGGAAACCACGAAGAUGAAGUUCGCCGUCAGAUCUGUCGAGAAAUCGAGAUCUUACGAGACGUCGAUAACCUCAACGUCGUCAAGUGUCACGAUAUGUUUGAUCACGCCGGCGAGAUUCAGGUUCUUCUUGAGUACAUGGACUGCGGGUCGCUUGAAGGUACACACAUCUCCCACGAACCCUCUUUGGCCGAUCUCACCCGUCAGAUCCUCUCCGGUCUCUAUUACCUCCACCGGCGUAAGAUUGUUCAUCGUGAUAUUAAACCCUCCAAUCUGUUAAUAAAUUCGAAGAAACAAGUUAAGAUUGCCGAUUUCGGGGUAUCUAGAAUCCUAGCACAAACCAUGGAUCCUUGCAAUUCAUCCGUCGGUACCAUUGCUUACAUGAGUCCCGAGAGAAUAAACACGGAUCUGAAUCACGGAAAAUACGAUGGAUACGCCGGAGAUAUCUGGAGCUUAGGCGUUAGCAUUUUGGAAUUCUAUUUAGGGCGUUUUCCGUUUCCGGUGGGAAGACAAGGCGAUUGGGCUAGCCUCAUGUGUGCUAUUUGCAUGUCACAGCCACCGGAAGCCCCGCCCACGGCAUCUCGUGAGUUCCGUGAAUUUGUGGCGUGCUGUUUACAGAGGGACCCGGCGAGGAGGUGGACGGCGGCGCAGCUGUUGCGUCACCCUUUUGUUACCGGCUUAGCCGGUAACCAUAGCAUCGCGAAUCAGGUGCAUCCAACUCAUCAACUACUUCCUCCCCCACCACGUCCACAUUUUUCAUCAUCGUCUUGAUCUUCAUUCCAUAAUACUUUUCACGCCUUUGAUUUACAACUGUGUAAGAUGAUGAUGAUGAUGAUUAAAAAAUUUGAUUUUUAGAGCAAUGUUUUGUGUUACUAUUUGAUCGAUCAAUCAAAUCAAAUCAAUCUUGGGGUUGAUAAAUUAAGAUUCUCCGAAA